UUGUAGACACAAAAAACUGCGAAAUCAAGGAGAAGGACAGCGCCCAGAAUAACUGUAAACCUCUGCGAACUGUGUGGAGCAUCGCGUUGGAAAUGGGACUACAGUCAUACUCUCCGUGCUGUCGGACGUUAAAACAGAGCACUGUUUGAUCCAAGAGAAACGUGCCUUGUAAGGAAGCAGGAUGUUCACAGGAUCCACCAAACUGCCACCCACUAAAAUCCCCCAGCCUGAACGGCUGGAUGAAGUGUACGCUGCCUUACGUAGAGGCUUACAGUCGUACCUGCAGGUCCACCAGCUGGAGCUGGACAGUCUGGGUCAGCAGAUCAAAGAAAACAAGAGAAAUGGUCGUUUGGGGUCUUUGUAUGAGCAGGAUAAGCAAGUGAAAGCCAUAGAGAGGUUCAUGCGUCGCUUGGAAUUCCAUCUCAGCAAGGUUGAGGAGCUGUAUGAUGCUUAUUGUAUACAGCGACGACUGCGUGAUGGAGCGAGUAAGAUGGUGGCGGCCUUUAACUCCGCCACUGGCAGCAAGGAGGCCAGAGAGAGCCUGAGCGAGGCAAACAAGGGAUACAGGGAAUGUACAGAGCACAUGUGCUCACUUGAGAGUGAAUUAGAAAGCCAGAUGGGAGAAUUUCAUGUCAAGAUGAAGGGCCUUGCUGGCUUUGCACGGCUGUGUGCAGGUGACCAGUACGAGGUCCUGAUGCGUUAUGGGCGUCAACGCUGGAGGCUACGAGGCCGCGUGGAGGUCAGCAACAAGCAGAUAUGGGACAGCGAAGAAUAUAUUUUCCUGCCUCUCGUCACAGAGCUGCUGUCAAUCAAGGUGACGGAGCUUAAGAGCCUGGCCAAUCAUGUGGUGGUGGGUAGUGUGUCCUGCGAGAUGCUCGACCUGUUCUGCCCACUCCCCCAGACGCUCGCCGUGGACAUCAACGACCUCGGGACGGUGAAGUUAAACUUGGAGGUCACCUGGAGCCCGUUUGAUAAGGAUGACCAGACGUCAUCCACCAGUACAGUUUCUAAACGGCUGUUGUCCAAUCAGAGCCCUCCUGACACGCCCUCUAUGCGGGAGCAGGUGUUUUAUUCUCUGCUGAAGCGACAGGGGGAAAUGGAUAACGGGACAGUCUGGUCCAACUCCUCUGAAUCCUCUGAUGACUCCUCCAGUCCGGCGCUGGCUCAUCACGCUCAGAGGCUGACGGCCUCCAACAUGCUGCAAAGCACUCUCACCAGUCAGCUGUCCUUCACUCCGCACAAGUCCAGCGCAUCAACACCAUCACUGUCGUCCAACCAAGAGGAGGACGAGACAGAGGCCGGGGAGGUCUUCUCUCAGAGAGAUGCAGUGCCUAACGGCCAUCUGCAGACUUCCUGCUCUCACAGCCACGUGAGUGAGAGCAGCCCAGACUGUACUGUGACUGACAGGGCGUCUGUCCCGUUAGCUGACCUCUCUGAAACCUCAGCAGACCUGAGCUGCUCAUGCCCCGACGUCUCGUCUGCACAUCCUGUGUUGUUGGUGGAGACAGCUGAGAGCCAUGUGUCUGAAAGUGGCAUCCCACAAGUGUGUGUUUCAGCAGAGGAUGUAAAGGAUGAUCCAUGUGAGGACUCAUCUGCACAGGCUGAAGCAGAAACAGAGGACAACACCACUGAAGUAGGAGGUGGCCACCAGGUAGAAGCAUCAGAGAAACACAGUCAGUCACAUCAGUCCAUCCAGGAGCUAAAACAAUCAGAGGAUGCUCCAAUGGUUCCUUUUCCUACUUCCUCUAGUUUCACUCAGGAAGUUGAGACAGCCCUUGAAAGUUUUGACUUUCUCAACUGCUCUGACCUUGAGGAGGAGGAGGAGGAGGAG